AUGGAGCUCCUGAUCAUCAGUGUCAGCUGUUUGCUGCUGCCCGUCGCGCGAGCGUGCGAGCCGGGCAGCUGUGGGGACCUUCUCCAGGUUGGCCUCUCCCUACAUUCCGAAGCCCAGCGUGCUGCAGACGAGCAUCCCUGGCCACAUGCCAGGGGCAAGGUGCCGGGGCAAAGAGGGACCACCGACGUGCAAUCCCGCUUGCCAGGUGGCAAAAGGGCAAACUGGAGCUGGCACAACCCAGCCGGUCGCUGGGAGGACAUGGUGGGAGGUGGACCUGUGAUCGACAAGGAAAGGUGCAUGUACCUGAUGACGGAGCAUGGUCUCUGGAAGUUCUCACCGUCCGGCAAUGUGCUUUGGCACUAUAGGACCCCUGGAAAAUCUGCCAACGAGCCUUAUCUCACUGGCGACAUGCUCUUGAGCUCGACUACCGAAGGAAACGUCUUCGCCGUCGACCGGCACACCGGGCAGGAGCUGUGGGUCACGCAUGUGGCCGACGACGCUGGAGCGGAUGCUGCCUACCCGGCGGCACUCGGCGGAGUCUUCGUCGUUGCGUCCAGUAGGUGGAAAGGCUCCUCGGACUCUGCGCCGUCUGAGCCUUGGGGGAACACGCAGAUCUUCGGCCUGGCAGUGCACACCGGGGAGAAGCUUUGGGACUUCGAGUCCGAUGCUGUCUUGAUGGACUUCACGCCCCUCUUCCCGAACGAUGACACCUUCGUCUUCAUGAGCCAGGAUGGGAGCGUCUACCGAGUCGGUUUGCACAACGGCACCCUCCUCUGGAAGGCGGACUCGAACAUCAGCGACAGCUACAGCGACGGGGGCGCCGUCAUCGGUCCUAAUGGCGUGGUUUAUGCCUGUAGCAACAUGGAGCAUGGAAUGCAGGGAACCCCGGGCGUCGUUCGUGCCUUCACGCUGACAUCCGGGCACCUGCUUUGGGAGCAGAUUUUGAAGGAUCCUUGUUGCACCUUCCCAGCUGUCGGUCACGUCAAGGGCUCCGAGGCUUUGGCUGUCGUGGUGGCUGCUGGGGCCUGGCCGAAAGAGGAGGUCGACACGGGAAGUGUGCUGGCCCUGGAGGCAGAGACUGGUGCUUUGCUCUGGCAGUUCAAUGCGGAACCCUACGCUCCUCCAUUGGCCGCUGGGGAUGAGGAAAGGCUGGCUUAUUUCCACAGACACCCAGGCGUUUCAGAACGGCUGCUCUGUGUGCUCUGCUUGCCUGCGCAGUGGAGUGCCCCGGUCAUCGCUGGAGAUGGCGCCGUUUACGUCGGGCGCGCCGACGGGAAGCUUUAUGUGGUGCACGGUGCCUUGAUCGGUGAUGAGGUCCCUGCAAACUUGACGAGGGAUCCGGUGACCGGUGUGCAUGCUUUGGUUCAAAGUGUGGGGAGCACACCAGUGCAUGGUGCGCUGGGUUUUGCCGAAGGCCUCCUGGCCUAUGCUACCUGCGAUUCUCUGUAUGUUUGGCAGGAGCCAUGA